AUCCAAACUCUCAAUUUUGAUAGCCAUUUCCAAAGAUGAGGUGCUUUGGUAUAUACUCCAAGCAUCUCCUCUCCCUUAAAAUCAAACUCCAUUUUCUCUCUCUAGAACCACCUCCCACUUUCUCUCUCUAAAAUUUUCAAUUUCUUUCUCAAAAUGUCAUCAAUGGCUAACUCAAUCACACUUCCUUCUUCUCCAAGCAAUCUCUCAUCUCCUCACUUCAACACUAAUAAUAGUAAUACAUUGCUCUGUUCUUUCACUUCCAAAACGCUGCGUUUUGCCUUCAACAAACCGCUUCUUCUCAUUCCCUCUCCUUACCGGUCAUCGUUUCUCACUUCGACGCGCGUAACCACCGCUCCGUUAGACUACGCGCUACCUCCGCCCGACUCUAAUAAUAAUAAUGAUAAUAAUACAUUCAGUAAAGAAAUCUCCCGCCUUAAAUCACUCCGGUCAAACCUCGUUGACUGUAGUACGCUGAGUCAGAAGCUAACAGUGAUUAACUCCGAUUCUCGAGUUAAGUUAUUUUUCAAUUCUAAGGUUUUAAAUUCGCUGAAAUUGGAGUCAGGUGAGUUGUUCUUGCUUAAAUGUUUAGUUGCUGCUGGUCAAGAGCACGUGAUUAGGUUAGGGUUUGAGUUUAAUGAAGGUGAAACAACGACGAAGAUGUCGACGAGGAGUAAUGUGAAGAGUGCGCUUUAUGCAUUGGUGGAGAUGAUUGAGAGGUUUGAUUUUAGUGGAAGUGAAACUAAUGUUUAUAGUAAUACUAAUAGUGAUGGUUUAGGUUUGAGAGAAGAUGAAAUUGAGGAUUUGAGGAAGCUGUUGAGGAUUUUAGAUGAGAUUGAACAGUUUUAUGACUGCAUUGGAGGUAUUAUUGGAUAUCAGAUAAUGGUGCUGGAGCUUCUUUCCCAGUCAACUUAUGAGAAACAAACUACAAAUUGGUCUCAACAUCUAAAAGAAUCAAUGGAUUGCCAGUUCUUGGAAAUUCAUACGCCUAAUGUAGUUGACCUCUCAAAAAAUACAGACUAUGCAUCUCAAGCGGCUCUCUGGGGAAUCGAGGGCUUGCCAGAUUUAGGAGAAAUAUAUCCUCUAGGUGGUUCGGCAGACCGGCUUGGUUUAGUUGAUCCAGACACAGGUGAAUGUCUUCCUGCUGCUAUGCUUCCUUAUUGUGGAAAGACCUUACUGGAAGGUCUUGUAAGAGAUCUUCAGGCUAGGGAGUUCUUGUACUUUAAGUUGUAUGGAAAACAAUGCAUCACCCCUGUUGCCAUCAUGACAAGUUCCGCUAAGAAUAAUCAUAAUCAUAUAACUUCUCUUUGUGAAAGACUCAGCUGGUUUGGAAGGAGCCGUUCCAGUUUCCAGCUAUUUGAGCAGCCACUUGUUCCUGCUGUUGAUGCGGAAGAUGGACAAUGGUUGAUCACAAAACCAUUUGCUCCUGUUUCUAAGCCUGGUGGACAUGGUGUUAUCUGGAAGCUUGCUUAUGACAAAGGCAUCUUUGAGUGGUUUUAUCAUCAUGGAAGAAAAGGUGCAACUGUCCGACAAGUGAGUAAUGUUGUGGCAGCUACGGACUUGACCCUUUUGGCAUUGGCAGGGAUUGGUUUACGCUGUGGAAAGAAACUGGGGUUUGCAUCUUGUAAGCGUAACUCAGGGGCUACAGAAGGAAUCAAUGUCCUUGUUGAGAAGAGGACUCUUGAUGGGAAGUGGGCUUAUGGUUUUUCAUGCAUUGAGUACACAGAGUUUGAUAAGUUUGGAAUCCCAAGUGGACCAUGUUCUUCUAACAGUUUGCAGGCAGACUUCCCUGCCAAUACUAACAUUAUGUAUGUGGAUUUACCUUCUGUGGAGUCAAUUGCAUCAAGUAAGAAUGGAAAGAGUUUACCAGGGAUGGUAUUGAACACAAAAAAACCAGUUGUGUAUAUGGAUCAUUUUGGGAACCAACACAGUGUCUUUGGUGGUCGCCUGGAAUGCACUAUGCAAAAUAUUGCCGAUAAUUUUUUAAAUACAUAUAGAUCCAGAUGUUACCAGGAAGUAGAAGAUAAUCUGGAUACCUUCAUUGUUUAUAAUGAACGAAGAAAGGUUACAUCAUCAGCUAAAAAGAAAAGAAAACAAGGGGAUAACUCAUUGCACCAGACUCCAGAUGGUUCACUGUUGGAUAUCUUGCGGAAUGCCUAUGAUCUUCUUUCCCAUUGUGAUGUUGAACUUCCGGAGAUUGAAGGUAAUGACAGAUAUGUUGAUUCUGGACCUCCAUUUCUAAUCAUUCUGCAUCCUGCUCUUGGCCCACUUUGGGAAGUCACAAGACAGAAGUUUAGUGGAGGAUCCAUUUCCAAGGGCUCUGAGCUACAGGUUGAGGUCGCCGAGUUCUUGUGGAGGAACGUUGAGCUACAUGGGAGCUUAAUUAUUAUUGCUGAAAAUGCCAUCGGCUCAACCAUGAUUAAUUCAAAUGGAGAAGCCAUAUUGCAGUAUGGGCACAGGUGUGGAAGAUGUAAACUGCAGAAUGUCAAAGUUCUCAAUCAAGGGAUUGACUGGAGUUCUGGAGAAAAUGUCUACUGGAAGCACCAUGUACAGCGGUUUGAGGCAGUUAAAGUUAUCCUGCAUGGAAAUGCUGAAUUUGAGGCCAACAACGUUAUUUUGGAGGGUAAUCAAGUAUUUGAAGUUCCAGAUGGUUACAAAAUGAAGAUCACUUCAGGACAUUUAGGCUUGGAUAUCCAGCUCAACCCCAUAGAACCAAACAUGAUGGAUAGCGGAAGCUGGUUCUGGAACUACAAGAUUAACGGCACACACAUUCAGUUGGAACUGAACGAGUUGUGAAACAUUGACUUAUAAACUUCACUAUGUGAAUCAUGGUUCACAUAUUAAGAUCUCAUGCUCAUCUCUGUAGUAUAAUUGGUUGUAACAUAAGUUAAACCAUAUACAUCUAGAUUCAUUAUUUACCUGUACUAAAUAUGUUCAGUUAGAGCCUCGUAGAAUGGCUAUGAUUACGGCUAGUUCUUGUAACUUAUCCUUUUUCUUUUUGGAGCUGUCUAUGUAAAUCCAGUAUCGAAACAUUUGUAAAGUGUCGGAAGCAAUAAAAUUUGCCAUUUCAAUUUGUUUCUUAA